CAGGGUUUUCAGUUUCUGUGCUCUAUGAUUUUUGCGUUUGUGCAUUGUCCUGUUUAAGAUCAAUCUUACGGUAGCAAUUUGAUUCGGGAUUUAACAACGUUUAAUCUUGGAACAAAGUUAACUCUAAAAGCAGUAAAACGGAAACAGGAUCGAAAACUGUAAUCCGUAGUAUCUGGGUGACGCCGGCCACCUUAAGCCUCGGAGCCUUAAAAUCUUCGAAGGCCUACAGACAUUCGCGCAACAAAGGUUAGAAUAGUUCAUCAUGUCAGACUCUAGUUCAGAAAGUUCCUCUUCGGAGAGUUAUGAUGGAAGAAGAAAUCGCAUUACAUCUGCUGACAAUAUGGCAUCACCAAACUUCUCACACCAUUCAUCUGUAUCUGGGCACAAAUCUAGGGCAAGUUCUAUUUCUUCAAGAGAAAAGUCACCUGAAUUUGUUAUAUCAGAAAGAGAUUCAAAGUCCCCAAGAUAUACUCCAAUAUCCCCAAAAUCUCAAAGAUCUGGAUUGGCAUCUCCUAGUGAAAUUGGUUCUCCAAGAUCAACUCGUAGUUUAUCGAAAUCACCACCUGCUUCACCAAAAUCAUAUCAUUCAGGAAAUAAUUCUUUGGAUUCACUUAGAAGUGAUCGCAGUUUAUCUCAUUCUCCUAUACAAGAUGAAAGAUCAUGUCCAUCUACACCUCAUGAUUCUAAAUCUUUACACCUUGAAGAUACAGAACCUAAACAAUUUGAACUGGAAGUAGAUGCACAAGAAUCUGGAGAUAAUUCUCCUAAAUCCUACUCCUAUAAGAACAGUGAAUCAAGACAGAGUUCACCAAAAUCACCAAGAUCAGAACGCAGUUCUGCAAAAUCAUUAAUAUCUGGAAGGAGUUCUCCAAAAUCAGGCCCCACAUCUCCUAUGGAUGAUCAAGAAUCAGAAAAGCAUUCACCACCUCACUCUCCACCAACAAAAGCUGGUUCAUUCAAUGAAUUGGAUGGAGAACAAAUUUCAGAUGGAGAUAUUGAAGAUGAACCUGAAUCAAUGACUAAAUUGAAACCUGCACCAAUUACACAUGGUGAGGAUUUAUCAGAUGUUUCUGAUUUAGAAAGUAUAGAUGGAGUUGAUAGCACUACUGAGCAUGACUCAAUACUCAAAGAAAAUCAACAAAACGAGGAGAAACGUGUAAGUAAUAAUAAAAUAGAAAAAGAAGAUAAAAAUGCACCUGUUGCAUUAACAGAAGAAAGUGAACAACUCGAUUUUGAAGCUGAUGGCCAGUGGAAAGAUGAACGUGACGAAGGAGAAACAGAUGGACCAGUUAUUAAAGAAAACAAAGAGAAGGAUGAUAAAGAUGGAAAAGAUAAAGACAAAGAUAAGGAUAAAGUGAAAUUGAAAGAAAGUGGUGAUGGAAAUGACAAGGAAGAAGGAGAGGAGGAUGGGGAGAAAGUAGAAUCUGAAUUGGAAGAAGGCGAACUUAGCGAUGGUGAUGAUGCCAGACCAGAAGAAACAGAACCAAGACCUGUUUGCCGAUUUUAUAACCGAGGCCAAUGUACAUGGGGAGUUAGUUGUAGAUUCUUACAUCCAGGUGUAACUGACAAGGGUAAUUAUACCAUGUUCGACAUGGUAAGGCCAAUGGCAUAUCCGCCACAUACAGCUACCACACACGAAUUUAGACCGCAUAUCGAUAGGCCAAAUAUGGUGCGACCAUUACCUGGUUAUGGAGCACCGUCACAUACACCGAAAAUAGAAGAUAUUCCUACUGAGUCUGCGUGGGAACGUGGAUUACGACAUGCUAAGGAAAUGAUGCGCAAAGCAAAUAAACGCAAAGAAUCAGAUAUGGACUUUGAAGAGAAAAAAAUGAACUUAAGCUUAGGACAAGAUGAACUAGAUAGGGAAGCAGGAUAUUACGUAAGAGCAGCUAGCCCAGAACCACCUGUCGAAAGGUGGCCGCCUAGAGAGGCAUCGAGAAGAAUACCACCACCAAGGCUUACACCAGAAAGAUAUAUUGAUGAUCCUGAAACUUAUUAUGCACCAUCAACAGCACCACCCGAAUAUUAUAGGAGGGUACAUUAUAAAACAGAUUCUCGAGUGACCACUGAAUAUAGGGAGCGUAUCGAUUAUCAUGCAAUUCCUCGUGGAACGCCUCAUUCUGUUUCUCCUCCGCCACAUAUAAGAGAACGAGAAAGGGAACGAGAGCGUGAACGCGAUAGAGAACGAGAGUAUUACGAGAAAUAUGAAAAGAAACAUAAGCGUCCAUCAAGGGAGGUUAUAGUACAACGUAUUUCACCAACUAAACCUUGGCGAGAGGAGGAACCACCACCAGAGGAACGGGGUAGAGGUGAUGAAUGGGCAGAUCCUUGGAUGCGUCGGAAGUCUCCGAGUACGGUACGACGAAAUACAUCGUCCCGGCGAUCACGAAGACAAUCGUAUUCUUCGGGCUCUUCAUAUUCAUCAACAAGUUCUAGCCGUAGCUCGAGCCGUUCUAGCUACAGUUCUUACGACUCCCUAUCCAGGUCCCGUUCACCAUCCCCUCCCUCUAGAAAUCGUAGUGCUGGCAAAGGGAAAGCAGCAGUGGCAUCGCCGCCCUCUAAUCCCCCAGCAGUUACAGCUGCUGCACCCCAGCGCGGUGCUAUGUUAAUGAAUCCACCUGCUCCUUCUCCUCGACCACCUAAAGGUUCCAUUUCUCCUACAACUGGUACACUUCACCGACGUGCUGGGCUCAACCCACCUGCGCCAAGCCCACUUUCCUCUCAUCAACGUCACCAUGAGAAGGCAAGAGAUAAAGCAGCAAUAGCAGCAGCUGCAGUAGCUAAAGUCAUCAAAAGUCGAUCAAGAUCCAGGUCUUCGCACAGCAGUUCAGGAUCAGAAAGUAGUGGUAGCAGUAGUGAUUCCAGUGAAUCGAGUUAUUCCUCUUCUUCCAGUGAAACGCGUCGAAGGAAAGGUUCGACCCCACCAGUAACGCGAAAAGAUUCCAAGGGUAUCGAUGCCUUAAAGCUUAGCGGUACUAAACAACAAAUCAAGCUUACAUUAAAACCAACAAGUAAUACUACUGCUGUGAAAAAAGUCGAUCGAUCUGCUUUAAUGGCUGGGAAAAAGAGAGGGCUAGAAUCACCACCAUUGAUCGAUAGCAAAGCAAGCGUUGCUGCAGCCGCAGCCAAAGCAGCAAAAAAAGCAAGUUCACGACGAGAAGAAUUAUUAAAACAACUUAAAGCUGUAGAAGAUGCAAUUGCACGUAAGAGAUCGAAGGUUUAAUAACACAGCACACAUUUAUCAUUUUAGAAACAUAUAUAUACACACAAAUACUUCCUAGAUUUGUAUUAUGUAAUUAGCUGCUAUAAUGUAGCUUGUGAUAUGAGAAAAAAGAACAAUUCAUAUC